ACCGAUCGCUCCCCCGCCGCUCCCUAUUGAAAUGAGUAGCCGAGGUCCCCUUGGGCUCAUCACUCUUGGGAAGAGCAGUCCCUCCGUUCCCAAUCUUCCCCCUCUCUGGCCCUGAAGCCGGAUUUUGGACAGACGGAACCCAGCCUCCUUCUGGAAAGCCGAGAGAGCGAGGCCAAGGACGCGGAGGAAAACCGGGGCCGGAUCCGACUGCCGGCGACGACUCCUUGAACGGAUUUGGGCUAAAAAAGCGGGCCCACCUUCUGGACGACGCACUGAGCUCGGCUUCUGAGGAAAGGUGCUGAAUCGGGACAGGCUGAAUCCCCGUUUCUCUCUCCGCGGAGACCGGUCUCUUCUGCCAUCUCCCAUUCCGCGUGGGUUCCGGCAUUGCUAGGAGACCAGCCUGCCUCGGUUCCCCACCCUUAGCGGAGGCCGUUAACGGCCCUCCCGAGCCAUCCUCCACCCCAUGGCUCAGAGGAGGGACGCGAUUAUCCUGAAAGCGCUUAGGAGAGGUGGGGAUUACGUGGUGGAGUUAUGUUACAAGAUAGCCGCCCAGGUCCUGGCCCUGUGGGAAGCCUACAUCCAGCCCUAUUUUGUGGAGAAAGAGGAGAAGUUCUACACCACGGUGGAAAACAUUUUUCACAAAGAAAAAAUUAACAGGUUUGGAAAGAGCCUGAGGGAUGCGGAGCUGCCCGUGGCCACGAAAGCGGAGGCGGUGAUGAAAAUGGGGCUGUUGGCCUACACAGGUACUAGGGCCUGCGGAGCAGAGGAAGCGGGGAGCUCGGCCCGCUUUAUCGGAGGACCGAAGGGUUCAAAGUGCGCCUUGGAAUAUAUGCCUGAUAUGGUCGCUCUCUUGCAAGAGCCGACCCUGACUGCCGCGGAGAAGAUUCGGCUGCUAAAAGGCCUGGCUGGCUUAUGCUACAUCGACAGCUCUAGUCAGAACAAAGCCAAAAAACUUCACCUCGUUCACAUUCUCCUGGAUUACCUCGAGCCGGACGGAGAUUCCCUCUCCUCGGAUACAGGACUUCACUCUACCAGUCUCGUUAAGUUCUGGACGUGCUAUCUUAUGUCUGUCAUCACUUGCAACAACCAUCAUUCCAUUAAGAUCCUGAAGAACAUCCCGGGCCUCAAACAGAAGCUGAAAUUUCUGGCUAGCCAGAAUUGGAGCGGCUGGCCGGAGAACUACGCGGAGGUCUUGUAUUUCCUCGUCGGGUUUCACAAGAAUUGAGGGGACCUUAGUCUCAGCGAUCCCCGACUUCACGCUUACCUUGCCUUUCACCGUGCGGUGAAGCAAUUAAAAGGUGGGUUGUGUUAUUUUUC